AUGAAAGUUAAAAACAAACGUCCAUAUAACAGGUCAGAGACAUGUACACGAAGUAGUGCUAAUAGUAAUACAGUUUCUGGGACUAAUACUGCAUCGACAUACAUUCCUAACAAAUUAAAUGAACAAUUAGAUCAAUCAGAUAAUAAUAACAAUUAUCCUAUUUUAACAGACAGUUCAUUAAAUGAUAAUGAGGCUAUGAACAAAAGUCAUAAAAAAACUUGUAAUUCAACAACUAAAAAUACUAAAACACGUCAUAAAUCAAGUAAACAUACAAAUUCCUCUUGCUCAUCAUCAUCAUCACCUUCUAUUUCAAAUAAUGCUAAUAGUACUGUAACACAAGUAAGUGGAACAUCAUUGAAAAUUACACAUCGUGGUGGACGUACACAUGUAUCAUCUAUUAAUCCCACUACUACUAAUACUAAUACUACUAUUAAUAAUACUAAUAAUAGUAAUAAUAAUUUAAUUUCAAAUACAAUACGUUUAUCUAAUUCCAAAUCAAAUUGUUGUUCAUCAUCUACAUCGACUUCAUCAUCAAUUAUUUCUAGUGGAACUAAUGAACCAAUUGAUCCAUAUGAAUUUGCUGUAAAAACUGAUGAAUCAAUUAAUCCAUGUGGAUUGAAUGAUAGUUUAAUACCAAUUAAACGAUUAAAAUUAGAUAGAAAUGAUGAACGUUGUAGCGCACUGACUACUGAUUCAGCUAGAAGUAGUCCAAUGUUACAUACUACUACAAUCAUUAAUACUAAUCGUAGUGAUAAUUCCUUUAAUCAUUCAAGUCCUGGUCCCAAUUCUUCACCACUUGCUCAGUCCUGUACACGUCCAUUGUCUGUAUUCACUGAUUUCUCUAGUUCGAAUAGUAACAACAAUAUUAUUACUACUAAUAAUAAUAACAUUAACGGAAGUAGUAUUGGAAGUGGAAUUACACGCCGUAAAUCAGAUAUUGUAGAUGCUACUCCUGUUAGUACUACUGAUAACAUGAAAAUAAAUUCGUCUACAUCAUCAUCACCUCAUAAUUAUUAUACAACCAGUGAGAUCAAUGCAAAUAUAUCAGUUACAUCAGAUUCAUUGAUGUCAUUCCCGACACAGUCAAAGUUGACUGACACCAGAGCCGAAACUCCAUCUACCAUACCAGCUAGUGACCCUUCAUUAUGUGAUACUACAUCUAAUGUCACUAACUCUGUUGAUAAGAAUAAAAAUGAUAAUAUAUCUAUUAAAAUUUGUCGCAAUAUUGACACUACUAAUGAUAAUAAUCAAACAUUAAGUAGUAUGCACAAUCCUUCAUCUUUUACAUCGAAUGCAAUAUUGAAUAAUUUCGAAAAAAGUCACCCAUCAGAAACAUGGAUUAUUUCACAUUCCCCCACCUCUUCCUCUUUCUCCUCUUCCCAACCACCAUCCCCACCACCACCAUUAGCAAUGACGAUAACAAUGGCAACAACACCAACAACAGUGGUUUCAUCGCAAGUAACAUCGAAUAGUUUGCCCUCUUCGUCAUCAUCAUCAUCAAUACAAUCUUCAGUUAAAUCGCCAUUGAUGAUGUCAUCAACUACUACCUCAACAUUGUUACCUGCCACCACCUCCCUUUCUCUCUCCUCUGCAUUGUCAUCCUCAUUAGCAACAACAUCAUUAAUCUCAUCUAGUCAACUGUAUACGACGUCGUCGUCGACUACUACUACCAACACAACGUUUCCAACAAUUCUACCGGAAAGACGAUGUACCGGUGUCAAUACUCUAUUAGAUAAUUCCAAGGCUACAUUAACUGAACCAGAUUUAUUAGGACCAUGUGAACCGGGCACUACAAUUUGUUUAAAUGGAAUUGUUUGGUUAGAGACUACAACUGGAGUAUUAGUUGUCAAUGUGACAUGGAGAGGUCGAACGUAUAUUGGUACUUUGUUAGAUGCAACACAACAUGAUUUCGCUCCACCAUGUCCACGAGAUUACGUACCUCCAUUUAAAUCAUCAAUACGAUCUAGUAAUCGUACAAAACGUCGAACUGGAGUUGGAACAAAUUAUAAGUCAAAUUUAACGAAUCAUCUUACAACUAAUGAUUGUAAUUGGAAAUCUACUUCAACUGGAAGACAUCGAUUACGUGGUCGAGCUUCAAAUUCACCUGCAGUCAAUAAUAGUAAUGGGAUUGAGACAAGUUCAACAACAAAUCGUUGCAAUACACAUAAUCUAACAAAAAUCGAUACUGAGAAAGAAUUAAUCAAUGAUAAUGCUAUUCAAGAGGAUACUGAUUUAACUCAAUGUCUUCCUCAUGUAUCUGAUGAAGAACAACUAACACGAAGUAGUAAUAAUAGAAAAAUUAAGUUACAUAAUAAAAGUCGUAAACUUUUUCGAGGUAGUAGUACAUCAUCAAGCGAUUGUCCAUCGGAAGUUCUACCGGAUCUUGAGAAAUUAUCUGAAAUUGGAGAUUUCACCGGUAAAACUGAUGGAAUACUCUGUGAUCCACAAAAUCCUGAUCAUUCUCGACCACAUACUCCAUUAUGUACAAAUAAUAAUAAUAAUAUGAAUACUAAUAACACUGAUAAUAAUAGUAGUGAUCGUGUUUGUUUUGAAGAAAAUGAUGAAUUACAUGAAACAUUUCCAAUUGGUUGUCCAAUUGAUGGUUGUAAAAAACGUUUCUCACAUGUUCUAGCUUUACGUUUCCAUUUGAAUCAUACAUCACAUUGUAAUUUAUUAGAUUCUCAUAAGAAACGUCCUUCUAGUAUUGAUUUAAAGAAACGAGAUUUCAUUAAUGCCAGCUAUAUUACAACAACAUCAACAGCUACAACUACUACCAGUACUAAUGAUAAUAAGAAUAAUAGCAAUGCAGGGAAUUGUAGUUCAACACAUUUGAAGUGUCCACCAACUAUUUCACCGUGUCAGCCUUCCAGUUCAUCCCCAUUACCAACAGGAAUAACAACUCCAGAUCUACUGAAUUCAUUUGGUGGACCACUAUUGCCAUCAUCAUCAUCAUCGUCGUUGCAGCAUCAGUUAAAGCAAGAAUCCAAUCCAUAUGAUCCACAAUUACAAAGUUGUCCAGUACCACAAUUAACAUCUGAAUAUAAUCGAGAUACAAUGUCUAUGCAUGUACAACAAAAUAACAUGCCUACUCAUCAUCCUAAUUAUAAAUUGUAUAAUAAAAAUGAACAGAAAUUAUUUGAUACAAAUAUAUCAAAUGAUUAUAUAAAUGUAAUGAUGAAUACGAAUAAUGAUAAUAAUAGUAUGAAUAAUGUGAUGCAUUCAGUUAGUAAACAACGGAAUAAUGAAAUAAAUAAGCAUUCUGGCAAUAAGAAACGUUUAUCUACAUCCAUGUCAUCUAAUAACAAUAGUCCAGUUAUUGAUAUCACUUCAUUGAGUAAUUAUAAUGGUAAUAAUGUACGUACGGUAACAGCGCAUACAGUAUCAGUGCCUCAUGGUUCAUUAGACAUUGCUGGCAAUUCAAAUUCUCGAUCUAAUCAACAUCAAAAUCAUUAUGGACAACAACAAAACCAUCAAACUAACAAUGGUAAUUCAUUUCACUGCUCUAAGCGAACAACUCCAACAUCAUCGUCAUCAUCAUCAGCUACUCCACGUGAUUUCAGUAGUAAACAUAAAGGAGGACAACAACAACAUUUAUCAAAUAAAUUGUCUUAUCAAAAUAUAAAAACCGAUAUUAAUAAUAAUAAUAAUUCUACAGUGAUGAAUUAUUCUCGUUACAGUGGUGGUACUCAUCAUUGUGGUAGUUUAGAACAACAGUCAAUAAAAAGUGAAUUGAACAAUGAUUAUAUGAUGAAUUUAACAAUGUGUCAUGCUUUAUCGAAUACUACCGCUACUACUACUAUGAGUACAAUGUCGAAAUUGAAGAAUUUAACAGUUAACCAGCAAGAAUUUAAUACAUCACUGUCUAAUAAUAAUAAUAAUAUGAUCCCAUCGUUACUUUUCCAAAAUGCAUGGAAUCUUCAACUGCCGAAUUCGUCUACGUACACACAGUCUAUGCCAUUGUCGUUUAAUAAUAAUAAUAGUAAAGAUGAUGAAUUGAAAUCUACUAUGAAUUCAUUAACUAAUGGUUUACCGUCUUCAUUAUAUCUGCCCACAUAUCCGAAUAUGUCAACACUUACUUCUUCGGGCAGUCUUGUUAAUAACAAUCCCAUAAACACUAUGCCAUGUUCGUCCACACCGUCAUUAUCCAUGCAUGAAAUGUCCACAACAUUGCAACCAUUCAAUGAUUCAAAACAAUAUAUUCCGUCUAAUCAUCAUCCACUUGGUACAAGUUUAAAUACUACUUCAAAUCAGAGUGCAGAUCUUAAUAGUACUACUAAUAGUAUGUAUUAUGGUAUACCAGACUUUUUAGUUGCUGCUUUAAGUACACUAGCAUCAAAUGCUUCAUCAUAUUCCUGUAUACCGGAAGCUUUUAAAUCAUAUUUUAAUCAGAAUUCAUUGAUGAACAAUACGACUAAUCCUACUAGUACUAGUAAUAUGAAUAGUAAUGGUAAUUCUAUAAGUAAAACAAAUAAUUUAUCCUCUUCAAAUAUGUCACUUUCAUCAAAUUCAGGAAUAUUGGAUGGUACAAUGAAUAAUCGAUUUUUUAAUCCACAAUUCUUUCAAAAUUAUGGGAAUAAUCUUUCGAAUGUACAAAAUUUUCAAUCAUUUAAUAGUAGUAGUAAUAAUAAUAACAGCGGUAAUCUAACUUUAAAUCCGGAAAGAUUAGAUCCAUUGAAAUUAUCUGCAGCCUACUUGAUGCAGUAUACAAAUCCAAGUGCAACACAAUUAUCAUCAUCCUCAUCAUCAUCUACAGUAACGUCAACUUUCGGGAAUAGUAUAUAA